AUGACCAGCCACCGGUGCCGACCGUCAUCCGUGGUACUGUCACCUCCUCUGGAAGACGACGACCUACUCCACGAGAUCCUACUUCGCCUGCCCCCACAGCAGUCCUACCUCCUGCGUGACUCGCUUGUCUGCAAGCGUUGGCGGCGUCUCACGGCCGACUCCCACUUUCUCCAACGCUUCCAUCUCCACCACCAGAGGCCUCCCCACCUAGGCGUCUUCUCGCAACCUGGCUGGAGCAUUAUCUUCACACCGACGCUGGACUCACCCUGCCGCAUACCUCCCAAGUGCUUCUCCCUACGGCUCAACAAUUGGCUGGGCUGGGAUUUGGCCGAGUGUCGCCAUGGACGUGUGCUCCUCCUCAACUGGCGGAAGCAUCAAGUCAUGGUGUGGGACCCCAUCACCAACAACUGCAGCCUUGUGGACUUUCCACCAGAGAUCUACAUAAUCUACACCGUGGCGGCGCUGUCUGCCAACGACAAGGGUCACGUCCAUGGUAGCUGUCAGUUGUGGCCUUUUAAAGUGGUCCUGCUGCGCACCUAUGUCGGCGAUGGCGAUCAAACCGUCACGGGUGUUUACUCCUCCAACACCGGCUUAUGGGGUGAUCUCACCUCAACAGUUCUUCCAGAUAAGUACAGGGGUAUUUGUAUGGAUAUUUCCAGUUCAAGCACACUUGUUGGUAGCGCCCUUUACUGGUUGAGUAGCAGUGCUAUAGUUGCGUUUGAUACGGAUAAACAAAGGCUAGCUGUGAUCGUGAAUCCUUUUAGGGCUAAACGUGUUGACACUGUUCAGAUCAUCCAAGCGGAGGAUGACGGUCUUGGCUUAGCUGCUUUCCAUGGUGCUGACUACAACCAACGCUGCCUCGAAAUAUGGGAGAGGAAUCCUAAUCCUUAUGGCGUUGCUACAUGGAUGUUGAGCAAGUCCGUUAUACCGCAGAAGAUAUUUGUGAAUUACACGGCGAUGCCACAUGUAGUGCAAUAUGUGGAGAGUGUUCUUGCAAUAUUUGUACGGGUGUAA